AUGCCUUUAGCUGAAUCAUUGAGUAUCGUGGACAAUGUUCAAACACAAUUAAAAUCCGUUCAAGGUGAACCAGGGAAAAAAGUCUAUGAAAAAAUGGAAAAUGUUUUGUCUAAAAAUAUCGGUUUAAAAACAUUAAAACAAAUCUCGUCAAUACUUAAUGGAUCUAUCUCCACCAUGGAUGGUCUUCCCGAAGAUCUAACAACAAAUGACCUUAUUUUCUACAAGUACGCACCAAUUACGUCAGUGGAUGUCGAAAGAUCAUUUUCUGUUUACAAAAACCUUCUGAGCCACAACAGACGAUCAUUUAAACUUGAAAACAUAAAAAAGCAUCUUAUCAUUCAGUGUAAUUCAGGACUCUGGGAAUAGAUCCAGUAUAGAACAGCUUCAUUAUCAAAAGAAAAAUACAAAUAAAAUAAAAAAAAAUUUUGUUUCUGUAAUUAUUAAUUAUGCUUUUAAAUACAUCUUUUAUAAAAUAAUAAAUGCAUAUUAUACCGCAUAUUUUGGUUUUUUUUAGUGCAUACGUAUGCACAUAUUUCAUGGUUUUUUAGCGCAUAAAGUUCCGAGCCCUGCUUAUGAGUUAUCACACUAA